GGGAGGGAGCGGGGCGGUGACCCUGCUGCGGCGGAGGAGGAGAGAAGCGGGCUUUAAGGACCUGCAGUCCCGCCGCGGCAGCGCCCUCUCCCUCCCCUAAUGCUCCAUCUCUUAGGCGGGGGAAAGUUAAGUCGUGUAGGACCGAGACGUCUCGUAAACAGCGGAGGCGCCGGGACUUGGCAGGGAGGUAAUAUGAAGAUUAAAGAGAUAGUGCAUGCUUUCUGUAACACCUGCUGUGGUACAUGGCAAAAUGAUUUUCUAUUGUGAUUGCAUCAUGGAAAAUCAAUUGGCUAAAUCAACUGAAGAACGAACAUUCCAGUACCAGGAUACUCUUCCAUCACUGCCUGUUCCUUCACUUGAAGAAUCAUUAAAGAAAUACCUUGAAUCAGUAAAACCAUUUGCAAAUGAAGAAGAAUAUAAGAAAACUGAAGAAAUAGUUAAAAAAUUUCAAAAUGGGGUUGGAGAAAAAUUGCAUCAGAAAUUACUCAAAAAGGCAAAAGGAAAAAGAAAUUGGCUGGAAGAGUGGUGGCUGAAUGUUGCUUACCUGGAUGUUCGCAUACCAUCACAACUGAAUGUUAACUUCGCGGGUCCUGCGGCCUAUAUCGAACACUACUGGCCUCCAAAGGAAGGCACUCAAUUAGAAAGAGGAAGUAUAACUCUUUGGCAUAAUUUCAACUACUGGCAGCUAUUAAGAAAAGAAAAACUGCCUGUUCAGAAAGUUGGAAAUACUCCUCUAGAUAUGGAUCAGUUCCGAAUGCUGUUUUCUACCUGCAGGGUUCCAGGAAUUACUAGAGAUUCAGUUAUGAAUUAUUUUAGUACUGAGAGUGAAGGGUGUUCCCCAAGUCACGUCACAGUGCUGUGUCGAGGCCGAGUUUUUGUCUUUGAUGUAAUGCAUGAAGGAUGUUUGAUCACCCCACCAGAGAUUUGCAGGCAAUUGACAUAUAUUCACAAGAGGUGCCAUAGUGAACCUGACGGACCUGGGAUAGCAGCAUUAACUAGCGAGGAGCGUACUCAAUGGGCUAAGGCACGAGAAUAUCUGAUUGGUCUUGAUCCACAAAAUUUGACUAUGUUAGAAAAAAUUCAGAGUAGUAUACUGGUAUAUGGCAUGAGUGAUGGCAGUCCACAUGUAACACCAGAAGAUUAUUCUCAGGUAACUGCAAUGAUCCUCACUGGAGAUCCAACAGUACUCUGGGGUGACAAAUCCUAUAACUUGAUUUCCUUUUCUAAUGGAGUAUUUGGCUGUAAUGGUGAUCAUGCCCCUUAUGAUGGAAUGAUUAUAAUAAACGUCAGCCGUUAUGUUGAUGAGAAGAUUUUUGAGAAUGAAGGAAAAUGGAAGGGUUCAGAAAAAGUGCAGAAUAUACCACUUCCAGAGGAGCUUGUUUUCACUGUAGAUGAGAAAGUAUUAAAUGACAUCAAACAAGCUAAAGCUCAGUAUCUCAAGCAGGCAUCUGAUCUGGAUAUUGUGGUUUAUGCCUUUACACCUUUUGGCAAAAAGCUAACCAAGAAGAAGAUGCUUCACCCUGAUACAUUUGUUCAGCUUGCACUUCAGCUGGCCUAUUACAGACUUCAUGGACGCCCUGGUUGCUGCUAUGAAACAGCUAUAACAAGAUAUUUUUAUCAUGGUCGUACAGAGACUAUGCGAUCAUGUACGGUAGAAGCAGUCAGAUGGUGCCAGUCCAUGCAGGAUCCUUAUGCCCACCUUCAUGAGCGGCGGCAAAAAAUGUUACAAGCUUUUGCAAAGCAUAAUGAAAUGAUGAAAGACUGUUCCAAUGGAAAAGGAUUUGACCGUCAUCUUUUAGGUCUCUCACUCAUAGCAAAAGAGGAAGGUCUCCCUGUUCCAGAGAUCUUUACAGACCCACUUUUCUCCAAAAGUGGAGGAGGUGGAAAUUUUGUUCUGUCAACAAGUCUGGUUGGUUAUUCACGAACCCGAGGAUUGGUGGUUCCCAUGGUACACAAUGGCUAUGGGUUUUUCUACAACAUCAGAGAUGACAGGUUCGUUGUGUCCUGUACAGCCUGGAAAUCUUGUGCAGAGACUGAUGCAGAAAAGCUAGUUCAGCUGGUUUUUCAUGCCUUCCAUGAUAUGAUGCAGCUGAUGAACACAGCUCAGCUUUAGAGACCAAUCAUUUAUUAAGCACUUACCAAAAUAUGUCAUUAAACUGGGUGCUGGAAAUAGAUUGGUGAUAUGAGAAGGGAAGGAGUGGUGACUUAAAAGAAAUUUGAUAAAUGUAGAAAUUAGAAGAAUCAUGCUGUCUAAAUACAUUCUGCCAUAGAAGGUAGAGACUAUUUUUAAGCCUUCUCUGAUGCAACAGCAGUACAAAUUAUGAUACAGUGAAUAUAGUACUAUGCAAUGUUUAAGAUAUGCCUCAACAAUGCAAAACUACAAUAUUUAACAAUGCAAGUCUUAUUUUAAUUUUAAGAUAUUUUUGUGUGUACCUGUACAGAUUAUAAAUCCUUUCUCUGAACAGCAUUGUAGAGUAUACCUUUUAAGCACUUUAAUGCUUUCUAGUUGCCAAAGGGUAUGGAAUACAUGACUGGAUGCUAGUUUCCCUGAAAUCAAUGCCUUCCACAUUCAUUACAGGGAUACAAGCAUACUAUGUUUGCAGGGCUUCGAACUGGUUCAUUCUGGUUCCAGUGCCUGCUGAGAAUUUACAUUUCCAUCCCAGAUAUGCUGAAUCAGAAUCUACAUUUUAACAAGAUCCCCAGGUAAUUCCUAAGUAUUAAUAAAUUUUGAGAACCACUGCUCUAAUAGUGGUUCUCAACAAUUGGUUCCUAACCAGCAGCAUUAGCAUUGCCUGGGAACUUGUUAGAAAUGCAGGUUCUCAGCAGGGCUUCAGACCAGAAUGGGUUCAAAGCCCUGUAUGUUUAAUGGGAAAGAGUACUACAAUUUAAUGGUGAUCUUAAAAAUAGUUUCUGUUGAACAGACCAAAAAAAUCGGUUGUAGUAGGAAGGUUUAUACCCCCAACACAUACAAAGCAACUCUAACAAAAUUCAUAAUAGUACACCAAUGUUAUGAUUAGUCUUGUGAAUAUAAAGAUAAAGCACAUAUUUCUAAUUGUUUUAGCUCGUGACUUGUAAAGGUUUAAAUGUUGUGAUAGUCUCAGGACUUCCCAGUUUUUUUUCCCUAUUCUCAGUUCAAUUUUGUAGUUUAUACUCUCAGAAAAUAAAACUACCAGAAUCAUAUAGGUUCUUGUUUUGUGUCUGAAUAAGUGAUUCAUUCCUGUCUAAUCUUACACCUUUUCAUUGCAGUUAUUUAUUGCUGUGUAAUAAACCAUCAGAAACUUAGUGUCUU